AUUCACUGUUUCUCCUCUGCCAAUGCCUGUCUUUUAUAAACACCGACCAUUCUUGACGAAACCGCCGUGUGAGACAGGACACAAAAAACAAUCCCGCCCAGGUGAAGCCCCUUUGCUUGUGCCAUGGCCGCCGUCGUCGCCGUGGAAAGCUUGAAGCCCGAGGCUUCCACCAUGUCUGGCCAACCAGUUGAGUUAAGUCCAGGGCAGCUGCAUAAGCUAGCCGAGCUGAUCCAUCGACAAGAAGUGCAGAAGCUUCAAGAGCUCAAGUUCGAGUCAUACGCAGAGCAACAAAACUAUCUCAAAGACGCCAGAGAGGCCCGUGAUAAGGUGUACCAUAUCCUUGACAGUGCACAGGAGAUGGUUACGGAGGCCGAGGCCGACAAUGACGCCACCAAGCAAGAGAUUGCUAAGGAUGUCUAUGAGUACUGCACCAAGGCCAUCGGAACAUCCCUCAAAUUCAUCCGUAGUUACAACACCCGUCUCACCUAUCUUGACAAGCUCAAGACCCAUAGUGAUGAUCUCAUCAAGCAGCUAAAGUGGCUUGAUCCGGUCACCCAACAGAAGGAAGCUCAGCGCCUUGCUCUUGAGGCGGGCAUGUACAAGAAAGCCGCGCUUGAAAAUGCUGAAAAGUUUCAACAUUUUAUACCAAACCAAUUCUCAAAAUGGCUCAAGGAUAACAAAAUCAAGUUUGAGGACCUGGUAACAGAUAAUAUGGCAAAGCUUGGUUUUAAGGGGCCUUUUAAAAACUUGGGUGAUAUCCAAAAGCUACAGGUAUAUGACAAUAUUAUUGCGGCAGCGGGACAUGGAAAACCUUCGGUGACUUACACAUUUGAAGCUUUGGGAAAAGUUGGGGUUGCAGCCUUGGUUUUUACAGCGGCUGUAAUGGUGUGGGACAUAUACACAGCGGAGGAUAAGCUGCAGGCAGCCGUUAGGGAUGCAGUGAAUGCGUUAACCUCAGUAGUCGAUCUUGUGAUUGGACAGGUAGUUAAUACUGCUGUAAGAGCUGGAUUCGCAGCACUCAACGUCCAGAUCGCUUCAGCAGCUGUCACGGUGAUUGGAUCAGUCGUCGGGUUCGGAAUUGGUGUGCUCGUUGGGGUUGCUGCAGGUGCGUUGCUUGACUUGAUUUUCGGCAGUGGAACUAGCAAUGUGCAGAUAACAGACGGGCUUAGUGGUUGUCGUGUGGCUCCUAUGCCCGAUGGUCUUGAGCUCGCUCGCCUCAUUAAGCACAACUACCCGGACAUGUAAACUCAUCAUGCAACUAUGCUACUACUCUACUAUGGUUGCUAUCUUCUGUAGUUGUUGCUGCCACUGCUAUAUUAUUGUUGUAUUGAAGGGAUAUAGUUACCUCUUGUGUAAGUGCAUAAGUGCCUAUUGCGCACUUCUAAGAUAAAACACCCGACCCCACGAGGUAGCUGUUGUAUUCCCUGAUACCAUAAUCUUAAUUAUAUACUUCAUGAAUGAAUAUGUACUCAAGCUUCCUUU